AAUUAAAUGUGAUGUCAAAGACUGCGACAAAACAUUUACAAAAAAAACAUCAUUUAAAUCAACACAAAAGUUGUGUUCAUUUGAAACAAAAGGCAUUCAAAUGUGAUGAAGAAAAUUGUGGCAAAAGUUUUGGUGUAAAAUCACAUCUGAUUGAACACAAACGCAUUCAUUUGAAUGAAAAACCACUUAAAUGUGAUUUCAAUGGUUGUAAUAAACUUUUUACACUAAAGAAACAUUUAACUAAACACAGGAAUAGCGAUCACUUGAAUAUUAGAUUUGUUUGUGAUGUCAACGAUUGUAAUACAAGUUAUAAAACAAAACAGCAAUUAAAUCAACACAAAAGUUGUGUUCAUUUGAAAGAAAAGCCAUUCAAAUGUAAUGAAGAAAAUUGUGGCAAAAGUUUUGAUUUAAAACAAUACUUAAAUCGACACAAACGCAUACAUUCGGGAGAAAAAUCAUUUGUGUGUGAUUUCAACGAAUGUAACAAAAGUUUUGCACUAAAAGGAAACUUAAAUCUACACAAACGAUGCGUUCAUUCGAAAGAAAAGCCAUUCAAAUGUAAUGAAGAGAAUUGCGGCAAAAGUUUUAGUUUAAAAUCAUAUCUAAAAACACACCAACUCUUUCAUUCAGGAGAAAAGCCUGUUUUGAAUGAAACGAUUGAAUCAAUAAAUCAUUUGGAUUUAGAUAUCAAUCAAACAAUUGAUUGCAAAACAUUCAAAAUCAAUCAAACAUUGCUUUCAAACAACAAUUGUAACAAAAGUUUUACAAAUAAAGGAAAUCUCAUUAAACAUAAAAGUUGUGUUCAUUUGAAUGAAAAGCGAUUCAAAUGUAAUGAAGAAAAUUGUGGCAAAGGUUUUGGUCACAAAUCAGCGUUAAAUCAACACAAAUUCAAACAUUUGGGAGAAAAACCAUUUGUUUGUGAUAUUAAUGACUGUAAUAAACGUUUUUCACACCAAACAGGCCUAAGAAAUAGGGCAACCGUUUGGAAGCGUUUUGGAAGCGCAUUCAAAUGUAAUGAAGAAAAUUGUGGCAAAAGUUUUACUGAUAAACGCAAUCUUAUGGCACACAUAAGCGUUCAUUCGGGAGAAAAACUAUUUAUUUGUGAUUUUACUAAUUGUGGUAAAGUUUGUAAAACGAAAACAUACUUAACUGAACACAAAAAAAGAUAUGUUUGUGAUUUCACUGAUUGUAAGCAAAGUUUUAAUUCAAAUGGAAAUCUAAUUCAACACAAAAGAUGUUUUCAUCUGAAAGAAAAGUCAUUCAAAUGUAAUGAAGAGAAUUGUGGCAAAAGUUUUGGUCACAUAUCAACUCUAACUGUACACAAACGCAUACAUUCAGGAGAAAAACCAUUUCUCUGUGAUUUUGAUCGUUGUAAGAAAGGUUUUUCUCAUAUAUCAAAAUUAUAUCGACACAAACGAUGUGUUCAUUUGAAUGAAAAGGCAUUUGAAUGUAAUGAAGAAAAUUGUGGCAAAAGAUUUCAAAAUAGACAACAACUCAAUCAACACAAACGCUGGCAUUCGGGAGAAAAGCUAUUUAGUUGUGAUUUCAAUGAAUGUAACAAAAAGUUCACAACAAAUGGACAUUUAAAUCGACACAAAAGUGAUGUUCAUUUGAAGAAAAAGAAA